AUGCUCACGAUUCUCUCCCACCAACCCCGUCUCCAGUUCUCCGCGAAUUCCAACCUCCACGCACGACCCGCUGCAACAAUGUCUUCGAUCGCUGCUAUGGCUUCCCGCCGGGCUCUGGCUCGCCAGCCCAUCUUCCGCGCUCCCCCGCGCCGCUUCAUGUCCUCCAAGGUCGAGGAGGCCAACCUCGACAAGGCCCCCAAGAAGGACCCUGAGCUCUACGUUCUGCUCGGUGUCAUGUCCGGUGCUUUCCUGCUCGCUGGCUGGUACUUCGGCAGCAAGCCCACCUCCGUCACCUCCGAGAGCAACGUCCGCAUCGGCGAGUCUGCCAUGCCCUGGCACGGAGAGUCCGAUGGCAAGGUCUACAAGUACCAGUACCACCCCCACGGCGAUAAGAACCAGCCCCUCCGCGCUGCCCCCAGCGCCAUGAACACCGUCAUUGUUCCCAACGUCACCCUCCCCGAGGACCUCCACGAGAAGUUCAACAAGUACGGCAAGGAGGAGUGGGACUACUAAACGGCUUCUGCGAAGCCCUUUAAAAGAUGGUGCGAGAGCGAAUGGUUACUUCUACGUAAGUAGCCGGCGGCUGUAUACUACGAUUGUGGUGACGAAGGGGGAGAGUUGUGGGUGGACUUGCCAUUGCGAUUACCGAAGAUUUGUGCAUAGUAUCCGUUGUUCAGAUAAAGAGUCAAUUGGGAACCGGUCUCUUCAUUUCACUUGUCAAA